AUGGAAAUCGAUGUAGGUAGGAGCGAUUUCGAGAAAGAUGAAGAGGAAGACGACAACUCAGUUUCUGAUCUUUUGAGAGAUCGCUUUCGUCUCUCUGCCAUCUCUAUCGCCGAAUACGAAGCUAAGAGAAACGGUACGGAGAUUUCUCAACCAAUUGUAGCUUGCAUCGCCGAUUUGGCCUUCAAAUACACAGGUCUGCUGGAAAAGGACCUUGAGCUAUUUGCACACCACACUGGUCGUAAAUCCGUGACCAUGGGAGAUGUCAUAGUUUCUGCUCAUAGAAAUAAACAUUUUUUGCGUCUGUUGAGGUCCUUCCGCGAUGAGCUUAAAGCAAAUAAACCCCAAUGUGAAAGAAAGAGGAAGAAAGUACCCAUAAAAGACGACAAGGCUAUUGAAGAUAUUGUGCAUAUCCCUGAUUUCUGA